AUGGCUGAGGUUCUCGGUGUUGCCUCUAGCAUUGCUGGUUUGGUAUCGCUAGCUGAUACGGUUGUUCGACUGGGUUACAAAUACAUCAGAGAUGUCAAAGAUGCUGAAAAAUCUGUCCAAAAUCUCGUCAAAGAAGUCAACAAUCUUUCCGGUGUGCUUCACAGUCUCGAGAAUGUGGCACAGGCACUAGAAGCGCAAGAUACUUCGGUGCAUAGCUCCAGCAAGAUAAAGCAUCUAUAUUCUUGUCAAAAGACCCUGGAGAAAAUGUCAGACCAAUUGCAGAAAGCUAUACCGGAAGUAAAGUCAACAUCUCAGAAGUUGAAGUGGCCAUUUAAGAAGGCGGUAACUUCAGAGUUGUUGGAAGAGAUUCAAAGUCACAAAAUUACCAUGAAUUUAGCUUUAAACACUCAACAAAUGUCUACCUUGAUUGAGAUACUUGCCAACCAAGAACAACUUAUUAAAGACGUCACUGCCAUAAACGACAGGAUAGAGGCUUCCCGAAUAGAACGGCAAAGAUUGGCUGCGGACGAAAGAUUAAGAAAGAAGCUCAAUCUUCUAGGUACCAUCGAUGUCAUGAAAUGGCAAAAUUCGAAUAUUAGAUUGAGACAACCUGGAACUGGCAUCUGGUUUACCGAGAGCAAGGACUUCAAGGACUGGACAUCUACAGACAAUUCAAAGCUAUGGAUCUAUGGAAUACCCGGAGCCGGGAAAACGAUUCUGAUGGCAUCUGUUAUAAGUGAGAUUGAACAAUCCCAGGAUCCAUCUCAUGGACUUGCAAUGUUCUAUUGUGAUUACAAGGACAUUCAGACCCACGAUCCACGGACCAUUCUGGGGGCCUUGGCGCGACAACUGAUUCUUCAGCAUGAACAUGCUUUUACGCAACUGGAAGCUUUCUGCGAGAAGCACCACAUGACGGAAAACACUCAAGGCUCAGCCACCACUGACGACUUUUGCGAACUUAUCGUCGAACUAUCAAGAAAUUUCUCCACUACCAGUAUCGUAGUAGACGGCCUAGAUGAGAUUGCUGAAGAUCGCGCGGAGGUCACUAGACUUUUGAAAUCCUUGAACAAGCCAUCAGGAACAAUCAAAACCCUCUUGGCGAGUCGCAAUGAGGUUGAUAUCCGAAACGUAUUGGAAGAUUAUCCCUCUGUUUCCAUUGCGGCAAAAAGUGGUGACUUGCGACUUUAUGUGCAUUCUGAGAUAGAGAAUCGAACGAAACUCGGCAAGCUCCGUAUCAGAGAUCAUAACCUAAAGGACCACAUUGUCAAAGUACUUACGGAAGGCGCUGAUGGAAUGUUUCGGUGGGUUGCAUGUCAAAUGGACUACCUUUGCGAAUGCAGUACGGAUCGAGAUCGCCGUGAGGCCUUACGCAAAUUACCCCCAGAUCUGCCCAAAUCAUAUGAACGUAUUCUUGAAAGGGUCAAUCGAAGCAGUAAAGAGAAUCAAACCCUUGUCAGGCAUACACUCCUUUGGGUGGUAUACGCCGAAGAGCCGCUAACGAUAACACAACUGCUCCAAGCACUUGCAGUAAGACCUGGUGACGAGACUUUCGAGAAGGAAAACAUGACUACGUUGGAAGAACUCCUCAACUGGUGUAGUAGUCUCAUACGCCAAAAGUCUCAAUCGGAUGAGCUAGAGCUUGCGCACUUCACAGUGAAAGAAUACCUCCUGAGCCUUUCUGAAGAAUGUGGUCCAGCGAUUUCACAAUACAGACUUUCUGGGGAUCAUGCCGAGAUUGUGAGAAUGUGUUAUGACUUCUUAAGUCUUUCGGAAUUCGAUGGAAUACCGCUACCAGUGACGAAUUUCGGGCAGGAGUUGACAGAUUUUAAUAAAGCCUGGAAGGAAUUCGAGGACAACUACUCGUUCAUGAAUUAUGUUCUUAAUUUUUGGACGGUUCAUGUUCACCAGAGUACAUGGAGCGAAAUUUCAACUUGCAUGUUACUUCUUUUUGAUGAAACGAGAAGCAGUUACAGAUUGUGGACAUUUGGCUACUAUCAUUACACAAUGUUAUCUUGUUGCUUCGCCACCGACUUGUUAAGCUUAGAUUGUCUCUCACCAGCAUAUCACCUGAAUUUCGUGAUGGGGUCAUCAAGACCUUCUGCCCUUCACUGGGCUGCUAUGAUUGCUUUGCCUGGUGUUUGCACCGCACUCAUCGGUCGUGGAGCUGAUUUGAAUGCGCCAAGCGUUGUUGGCAGUCCACUUGAUUGUGCGAUACUAUGCAAUAACGCAAUAUAUGAGAACGCACAUCCAUCCACUAAGAUGCUACUUCGGCAUUUUCAAGAUUGGCGAUGGGAUUCAAAGAAGAAGGUCAUCAAAUAUUUGAUCAUGGCCGGUGCAGAUUUCGACAAUGUCGAUGUCAUAGAACUCCUCUUUCGACACUCAGGAACAUUUAAAUAUUAUAAUGACGAGUCGGAUGCCGAAUUGUUCCGACUCAUAUUUGACAAGAAUCCGACUUUCUCCGUUGAGAGUCUUUCUGCAUUUCUUCAACACACUUUUCUGGAAAGAAGCUCAGAUAAGCCUCUCGCAAAUGAAAAAAGAACUUAUGAUAAUGCUUGCUUGUUCGUCGAAUUCCUAACAUGGGGAACACGGACGAGUUUCUCACAUUUCGCACCGGAUACAUUGCCGUUAUUUCUUGCAAUCAUUCAUGAUGAUUUAGCUGUUUCAGAUUAUUCGCCGUCAAGUCUGGAAGUUUUUCUUGGUAUUGAUUUUCUUGGAGUAUCACGAAAUGACAGAGGGAACAUAACUCCCAUUUCACAAGAGCAUACUGGGCAUUGGAUGACGAAACUGAACGCCUUAAUGUUGGACUUCAUUCAAAGUUCAAGAGUGAAUCCCUCAAACUACCUUGAAAAGAUAGUCUCAGAGGCACUUGCCUCGAAGAAAUUGGCAUUUGUCUGUGGGAAUAUAAAUAACGCAGUGUUUGGCUUUAUCUUUAGAUUAUGGGACAACAACAUUGUGCUGGAUUUCAACUGGCGAAACAAAGAAGGGAACACGAUUCUUCACGAAUUCCUGGAAAGGGCGGUUUCUAAAUGGGAUUGGGAACGCAUACACACACUAAAAAUACUGACAGCCGUUCUACAACAUCCGGCGAAUUUGACCAUUUCAAAAAAUAUGAAUAUCACUCCAAUGGAGUUACUGAUAUCCAAAUCCCAUUUGAAUGAGAUGUUGUCUAUUCUCAAAAUAUGGCGAGCGGGGGAUGUUUCAAGCGCGUGUGAGAAGAACCCCGGUCUGCUUGAAAGGUUGCUUGACGCAGCAAACUCGGCCAAUGAAGUCGAAUAUAUUUUCAGACAAUUAGCGAAGGACUUGGGCAGCCAUAUGAUGCAAGAUAUAUUGGCUCGUUAUUGCACGGUAGGUUAUAUGGAGAAGCUAUUCAACCUGCGCAUUGAAGAUGGGCUACAGAAAGAUCCCAUUUUUAUGCUUGACGAAGGAGGCAGCGACGAAGAAGACAGCUACGAGGGAAACAGCGAUGAAGAAGACAGUGACGAAGAAGACAGCUACGAGGGAAACAGUGAUGAAGAAGACAGUGACAAAGAAGGCAGUUGUGAUCGUUCGUCUGUGGUGAGUGAGCACGAAGCUUACACCACAACUGAUGAGGAAGGAAAUGGCGAUAUCGGCACAUCGAGGGACGGGCUGACUAGAAGAGGUAAAUCCUCCAUCACGAAAGACAUUCGUGGCUCCUUUCCAUUUUUGGAAAAGGUUCAAGAGAGUGAUUUACCUGCUGUAGAAUCAUUCGAAUACGCAUUUUCAGUGGCUAAAACAGAGGACGUGCCCACAAACAAAACUUUAGCGGAAAGCGGUGGAUCCAUAGCCAUAGAUGAAAAGACACAUUCACAUCUACAUUUACUAUCAGGCAGCCACGACUCAGCAGAUUUUGGGAAGUUACGAUUAUUGUUAGCACAUGGUCCCGAUUUAGAAAUUCGUAAUCACCAGAAUUUCACACCGCUUGCCAUCGCCAUUCGAUCUAAGAAUUUGCGAGCCAUGUAUGCUCUACUUAUCUCGGGCGCAAACAUAGAAGCGCUUCUCAGUCACAGACAGACCUACUUACAUCUGGCCUGCCAUCUAGGAAAUGAAGAAGCUGUGUGGGCACUGCUUUCUGCUGGUGCCGAUACUUCCCACAAAGACGAUUACGGAAAUACUGCGGAGGAUCUUGCCGCCAUCAUUGGUCGUUCUGAUAUCGUCGAUUUAUUCCCUGGGAGAGGUGACGAUGACUCUUUUGCAGAAUCUCACUAUAGCGAAUAUUCCACCAACGAAUCUCUUGACGAGGAUUUAUCUAACGGUGAAGAAUCUGAUAUCUCAGAUUCUGGUCAACUCCCCCCAUUAUCAACACCCCAAGCCCUUGCCUAUCGUCUCAAAUCAAGCCAAUCUACCUCAACACUUGGAGAGUGA